AUGGGCAUAAUCCUGGUUGUAGGUGGUGUCGUGAUCGUAGUCAUCAGUUUCCUCGGAUGCUGCGGUGCCUCUAAAGAGAAGAAGACAAUGCUAUGCCUGUUCGCCACGAUCCUCAUAGCCGUCUUCAUAGCAGUGCUGGCGAGUGGAAUCCUGGCUUACGUCUACUGGAACCAAGUCGAGACAGAACUGAAGCAGGAAAUGCUCAACACCAUCGAACAGUACAGUAAAGAUGAGGCAAUCACUCAAGCCUGGGACACUGUCCAUCAGCUUUUCCAGUGCUGCGGGAUAUCAGUCGACGCCGAUAACAGCCAGAACGUCUGGAAAAGGAACCCCAACUUCCAACGGGCCUCUGAAAAGGUGCCUGCGUCUUGUUGCAAGUCUCAAGACUCACGAAAUACCGCACAGUGUCAGGCGGACCCUACUACAAAUGCCUAUACCCAAGACUGUUACUUUGCCGUGAAGGAGUUCCUCCAAAAGCACUCCCACAUCUUUGGGGGCGUCGCUAUAGGAUUUGUUUGCAUCUUGUUCUUCAACAUACUGUUUUCAUGCAUUCUUCUCGGCAAGAUACGUAGAACAGAGAAAGUUUAUGUCCAUGAUAUCCCGCGAUCGUGA